ACCCACAAAAGACCCAGAAGUAUUUCACCUCGUUGCAGACAAAACCCAUCAAAAGAUCCACUGUUAACUUACUCAUGCGCAGCUAAAACGGCCCAGCACUCAGAAGUUGCAAGGCUUGUCAUGGUCAAUCGCGUCGCAAGUAUGGCGGCGAAUCCUCCCCUCGAGAAUAUAACCAACAACAUCACCCUUCCGAGACCAGCUCAUACUCCAGAAUCCCUCCUCGCUCCUCCUCCAGCCAUCACUGCCUUGGGACGCGCACUACAGAAUCUCAACAUGCAAAGCCCUACUUCGCAGAAUGGAUCCUCCCCCUCUUUCAAUACCCCAGAUGGCAGUAACCCCUCCACGGCUCCCGGAAGCCCCAGAUUACCUCCAGUUCGACAAAACUCGGGCACAGCUACACCAAGAAUCAGACCGCCAGCGACAACCUUGAACAUUCCUGGCAUGACCCGUUCUCGAGUCUCCCCAGAUGGAAAGAUCGCACAACGAGACGUGGGCGCAAAGCUGGUGGUAGUGAUGGUGGGAUUGCCUGCCAGAGGAAAAUCUUACAUUACGAAGAAGAUCCAACGGUAUCUAUCCUGGCAACAACACGAAUGCAGGAUUUUCAAUGUUGGUUCUAGAAGACGAACUGCCGCCGGUAACGGCCCUCAAUCACCCCCUCAAUCACCUCCUCGUUCACCCAAGGUUACAAGAACUCUACAAACAGGAUCUCUUACUGGCAUGGUUGAUGCUCCAACACAAGCUGCUCACAUACUCUUGAAUGGUGUCUACUCAAAGGAAGAAGAUCAAAACGAAUUGGCUAGGCUCCCCAGCGCCGAUACAAUGGAACAGUCCGCACAAUUCUUCGAUCCCAAGAAUGAGAAGGCAUCUCAAAUCAGAGAACAAGUCGCUCUGUCAACAUUAGAUGAGCUACUUGACUUCCUGCUCAAUCAGGGCGGGUCCGUUGGCAUAUUGGAUGCCACAAACAGCACCAUUGAACGCAGACAAGUCAUAUUCAAGACUAUCAAGGAGAGAGAGCCUAAAUUGGGCAUUCUUUUCAUUGAAAGUGUCUGCGAAGAUGAAAAGCUGCUUGAGGCAAACAUGCACCUGAAGCUCAAGGGACCAGACUAUAAAGACAAGGAUCCAGAAAGCUCACUUGCUGAUUUCAGAAAGCGCGUUGCGGCCUACGAGAGCGCGUAUGUCCCCCUUGGAAAGUACGAAGAGGACAACAAUAUGCAGUACAUCAAGAUGAUUGAUGUCGGUCGUAAAGUGGUUCAUUACCGUCUUCAAGGCUUCCUCGCUGGUGGGAUUGCAUCCUACCUUUCCACUUUCAAUCUUUCACCCAGACAGAUCUGGAUUACCCGCCACGGUCAGUCUCAAGAUAAUCUUGCUGGAAAGAUCGGUGGAGAUUCAGAACUCACCGAAGCCGGUCAUAACUACGCCACAGUUCUGUACAACUUCGUUUCAAAUAAACGUGCCGAAUGGGAGAUUGACCAGAAGCAGAGAGCCCUUACUGAAGCUGCUCUUCCAAUGCAGGCUGGUGAUCAGACACCUCCGUAUCCUGAUAUCUUGGGAGAACUUGACGAGAAGAACUUCUGUGUAUGGACUUCCAUGCUUCAGCGAAGUAUUCAGACGGCAGAGUGCUUCCAAGAUGAUGACAAUUACGAUGUCAAGAACUGGGAGAUGCUCAAAGAACUCGAUGCAGGAACCUUCGAAGGCAUGACUUACGAAGAUAUUGAGAAGAAAUUCCCCGAACAGUACGCGAAGCGAAGAGCAGACAAGCUGAGCUACAUCUACCCAGGUGUCGGCGGAGAAGGAUAUCUCCAGGUCAUCAGCAGACUUCGGGACAUGGUGCGUGAGAUUGAGCGGAUCAAAGAUCACGUCCUCAUUAUUGGACAUCGCUCCGUCUGUAGAGUCCUGAUGGCAUACUUCAUGGACCUUACACGAGAUGACAUUGCCGACCUGGACGUGCCACUUGGAAUGCUGUUCGCCAUUGAACCAAAGCCAUACGGCAUUGAGUUUCACGCGUACAAAUACAAUUCCGACGAGUACACCUUUGACGAAAUUCCCGACUACAAGCCACAAAAGGCUAUUGGUCACACGAACUGAACCCUUUUGCUAUUUUUCUUUUUCUUUCUUUCUCAUCUUCGGUUUUUGGAGUAUAUUGUUCCUCGGCGUCGAGGAUCGGAUUGUACGGUCUAUAUGGCACUGAAGGCGGGAGUUUCGGAUAUUAUUUGCUUCGCACGGCGUCAUUACUUACGGAAACAUACGAGGAGUCAGGUAUGGCAGUUGCACGAGAUACGAUAUGUAAGAUUACUGUGAGAUGUGGGUCGGGGGAUUUGAUGGCUUCAAGGACGAACGAAAAGACAGGGUGGGAUGGCAUAGCUUCGGAGUCGGAUUGCUAGAUGGAAUUGCUUCGAUUGUUCGCUUGCGCUUAUACCCAGGGCGUGGCGAGCGAUCUACUUGCUACUUAGAAAAUAGUUGCUGUAUAUGAACAUGGCUGUACUUAAUAAUCUGGCUGUAGGAGGCCGACAUCUCCAAUGACAAUAAAAUAGCUUC